CAAAUGUAAAGGAAAAACUACUUGCACGAGGCUACGCCAAGCAAAAUUAAAUAUUACACUAAAUUGAAUUAGAAACAAACAACAGCAAUGGGCGAAACAGAGCCGGAGGUCGAGGUCAAUGGCACCGAAGUCGAUGAAGAUGGCCAGGACGAUGACAUCAAGCAAAAGAAGCAAACGCGUCACGACGGCGGCGCCGCCGACCUGGAACGUGUGACAGACUAUGCCGAAGAGAAGGAAAUCUCAGCCGCGAAUAUAUCGAGUGCAGUGGAACAGUUUGGCAACCAGCGCAGCAAAGAGAACGAGCUUAGGGUGGCCAAGGAGAAGGAGCUGCAGAAAGUCCAAGUGAAGAAGGAGGACAUUGAACUGAUUAUGAACGAGCUGCUCGUGACAAAGGCCCAGGCGGAGAAGGUGCUGAGGGAACAGAGCGGCGAUGUUGUUGCUGCCCUGGAGGCCAUCAUCAGCAGUUGAAGAGCGCCCGGAGCGAUGGAGCCCCGUUUCUUUUACUUAGCAAAAACACUGCUUUAUUUGUACAUUUAUAUAACUAGUAAAGAAAGAGAAAUCAAAUCAA